CCAAACACUCCAAGUGAUGACCUAUGAAGCAAAUCAAAAUUCGGAAAGCAUUCUACUGAUAUAGCAGCGUAAUGAUUUCCCAAGCUCCCAGUACAAAGUAGUAACAAACUGACUGCAUUCUGAAAGCGAGAGAGCCACUGUUACUGAAGCAAAUGGACAUCAGGGAUGCAGAUGAAGUCAGAAAUGGAGAAGUGCAGAGAUCUUAGGAGAGGGAGUUAAUUUGACAACCAGGAUGGGCAUUUCACUUUUGAGCAUUAGCGGACAUGAGAUGUAGAAGGCAACACAAAUACUUUGUGUAUUUUGUUUGGUUAAAUCAUAAACACCAAACGGUUCAAAAAUAUAUUGUGAUGUCACAGUAACCCUGGUUGUCACAGUGUUUGUGACACCAAGAGUUGAAAAUUGAUCUAGAUACUUGCACAUUGCAUUUUCUUUCCCAGCUUUAUCCUGCACACUCUAUUUGCUACUCUCUCUCUUUCCAAGUGUGUUGUCUACUGCAACAGAACAAUUUAGAGCAACUUUGCAAGAAAUUCAAUCUGAAAACCGAAAAACGUCACUGACUUUGGCACUCUGUCUCAUGUUAAACCAGACCCCACUGGGGUCUGCUUCAUAUAACAGGAUGCUGGGCUGGGAUGAGUACGUGAGAAGUUUGCUUGCGGAUGGGUUAUGCCAAGAUGCAGCAGUAUUUGCAUGCUCAUGGCCCAGGCUGCUGGCUGCCAAACAGCAAGGACUGUUUGAGCAAAUGAGCCCUCAGGAAAUCAAAGCCAUUGUCAGCAGUGAUCGGAAGACCUUCCUCGUCAAAGGGCUCACUGUUGGCGGUAAGAAGUGCUUUGUCAUCAGAGAUAACUUUCAUGUGGAUGGGGAUUACACCAUGGAUAUCAGGAUGAAACGAUGGGACAGCAACCAUCCUUGCCACAGCAUAGCCAUUGCUAGGUCCAACAAAGUCUUCAUCAUGAUUAUGGGUAAGAGAGGGGUCCAUGGAGGAACGCUCAACAAAAAGGCAUUUCAGAUGGCAAACUAUAUUAGAAAGUCUGGCUGUUAGGAAGUUGCCAUUAAAAGCUGACUGCGGCUGCUUCUGUGGAUGGUCAUCGUAACAACAUUGCAACUCUUUCAAAUAAAAAUUAUUC